AGCAACGACCACUUUACGACAGGGAACAGUCUUCCACAUGGCCUCCAACGAGGCUGGAGCUGGAGUGUGUGUUUGAGGUUCGGUCGCUAAGCCUGAGCGUAGAAGGGAAGAAAAAAAAAAAAAUCACGUUACAUGCGUAGUUAGCACUUUAAUAGAGACAGAAAUGGGUAAAAGUAAAACCACUAAAUUUAAACGGCCGCAGUUCAACGCAGUUGGACUGCCGGUGAAUGCUGUGAAGGAACUGGACGCUGAGGAAGAAGAGCACGGUGAUGAUAGUUGUCCAGCUGCGGAGUUACUGGAGAAAUUGCAGAGUCCCAGUGCAGAUGUGCGAGAGUUUGCAUGUGCCAGCAUUUCUCGGGUGGUGCAGCAGAGUCAGACCAUCCCAGGCUUCCUCCAGAGGGAUGCUGUGAGGCGCCUCGGGCCCAUGCUGCUGGACAGCAGCCUGGCUGUCAGGGAGACUGCCACUGGAGCACUCAGGAAUCUGAGUGCAUGUGGCGGUCAGGAGGUGUGCGAGGACAUGGUAAAGCACGACGUCAUGACUCCAUUGACAGCACUGCUUAGAGAGAGCUGUGCUGGUUUUGAGAGCGAUGCUGUGCCAAUGAAAGACCAGAAGAAUGCAGUGGAGGAUGUUGCCAAUGAGGCCGUGAACCUAUUGUGGAAUCUGUGCGAGAGCAGCAGCCAGUCGCUGUCUGUGUUCAACAAAUCGGGUCUCCUGGACAUGGUUGUCCAGUGUCUGGAGAGACACCCACACAACAUGGAACUGGCCAUUUCUGCUGCCCACUGUUUGCACACUGUGACUGAGGAUAACCCAGAGCUGCUAUGUAGCAUUAACACCGCUGUGCUUGGAGUCGUGGAGAACGUGCUGCUGACAUCUCAGCCAGGCAUGACACACACUCUCCUCAGGACAUUGGCUGCAGGGACCCUGUGGAACAUGAAGGGCAGUUUGCCUGCUGCCCAUCAGGCCCAGACCCUCAACGCUGUGAUGGCCACCUUGUCACAGUGCCUGGAUCUGGACACAGGUACACUGAUACCUGAACUCAGACAGGCAGAAGAGGGUCGUCACAGACACACACCAGCAGCGGCAGACAUAGAAGACCAAGCUGCAGGAGAGCUCGCUGUGGCGGAGAUGGACGAGGAGGAGGAAGCACCUCAGCGCAAGAGGAAUGGAAAAGCUGUGGCGGUUGAUAACGACUUCUCUGACCUUUUGCCUAGGGACAAGGAGGAGCUGAGGGAGGCGACGGCCUUGCUGACAGCCCAGCAAACGUCCUUAGAGAUCAUCGUCAACAUGUGCUGCUCAGACGACCCUUCUGACGACGAGUGGGAGGAGGAGUCGAGCAGUGAUGAAAGCGACAUGGGUCCGGAUGGCCUUUGUGAUGGAGUGUCCAAUCUUAUGUCUCCACUGUGUUUGUCAGCUGAGGUUCACGGGGCCUUAAUCAACCACAGCAUCCCUGAGAAGGUCCUCAAAAAGACCGAGUUCCCCAGAAAGGAAGCCAUGGAUGUGUGCCAUCAGAAUCCCUCCUGGAGAGGCCUGAUAAAAAAGAUACAGCGUGUGCAGUCCCGGGCGCUGACGUGCCUCCAUAGCAUCCUCUCCACCAUGGACGCCGAAUCUCUGGGAGGGGCGGCCGCCCUGCAGGGAGCAGCACAGCACCUGUCCACGCUGGUUUUUGGUGCAGCAGAGAUACCCAAAGAUGAGGAGUUCCUAGAGGCCGUCAUCAGCGCCAUGCGGUCUCUUUUGCAGAUGAUUGCCUCCAAAAAUAUCUCCCAGUGUAUGACCCCCCAGCAGCUGAUGAGCCUGAGCGAAGCAGCCACCCGCUGCGAUGUUGUCAGUGUAAGGGUCAACGCCGUCGCCAUUCUGGGCAUCACUGGCAGCACACUGGCCAAAGAGAAGGGCACUGCUGAAACCCUUCAGAUGAUUGGAAACGCCUUACUUCAAGUUGCCACAAGGGAUGCUGACCUGGUUGUGAACGGAGAAGCCCUGGACGCCUUGUUUGAUGUUUUUGCAGAUGGAGACGAGGCGGAGACAGCUGCCAAAAACAUCCAGUUACUACCUGCACUGAAGGCACUUCAACCCGUCUUUAAGGCCAAGAUUCGUAAAGAAGGAAAAGGCAAGUACAGCCCCCAGCAGCUGUGUGUGCUUGACAACAUCAAAGUCAACCUGAGAAGAUUUAUUGGUUAUCUGGAGAAGGUGGUGAAAAAAUAACGCCUUGACAUUGCAGACAGUUGAAGCUGUAUGGUUUGGACAUGCUAGCAGGAGCAUAGAACGAAACAGAAUGUGGUUGUGAAACAACCAAGUAUUUAUUAUGUUGGUAGUAAACCAUUUGUUUUUGCUUGGUUUCAAUGUUCAUAUUCUCUAAAUAAUGAUUAACUAUUUUACUUGGUGAUGUGAAAGUUUAUUUGUUGUGAAGAAAGAUGGGAGUGAAAUCUGAUAUUAGUCAUUAGUUACUGCAAGAUGCAGUAAAGUUAGGUUUUUAUGUUUGCUCCCUUAGUUGAUAAAUAUCCUCCAAAAUCCUUGUCAGACUUGAAUUUGUCUAAUUUCAUGCCCCAUAGUAACAUUUUUCAGAGAUCAGGUGUGGUUUUGACAUGUGUGCUCUUAAUUUUGUCCCAUGUUUCAAUGGGCCAAACAUUGAAGUUUGCAGUUCUGCUACAAGGGGUGGGAGGCAGAGCUAUUCUACAUUACAGGCCCUUUAUACUGUAUAAAGGAUUGAAGUAUCAGCUAAGUAAUGAAAAAGAGAAGAUUUUGUAUGUGUAUUAUGGAUAUUGUGUAAUAGAAAAUCAUAAUUUUGUUAAGGAUGUUUUUGACAUGUUUAAAGAGAAAG